AGUGCAGCUGCAGCGACCGCCAGGAGAAGAAGGAGGAGGACAGCGACAGACACCCGCCGCUGGAGGAGCUUUCACCGCCGAGAGACGCAGCAGCAGCAGCAGCAGCAGCAGCAACAGCGGGGCGCAGUCCGGAUCCUGGAGCCUUGGAGAGGAGACGCUGUUCGUCUGUGCGUCAUUUUUUAAAGGACGUUCUGGACUCUGAAGGACAGAAUAAAGGAGGAGUUUUUCAUCCUGACACUGUUCCCCGAAGGAGUAUUUGAACUGUGGAGCUUUCCUCGUCGCCAAAUGGAUGCGAGUGCGUGAGGAGAAUCGCUAAUGAACGGCGCGCUGCGUCCUGCCGAGGCGCACCGCGUCCCCCGCUGCUCCUGAGGGCCGGAGAUUUACCCACCUUCAGCCCAGGAAUUAAUCAUCUCAGCUGCUUUUUAUUUACACUUCCAGAACCGGAGAGGAGGAGGAGGAGCUGCGCAAAAAACAUUAUUAUUUUUUAAAUUUAAAAAAAGACGCCAAAAUGGGCAACAGCUUCUCCAACAUCUCCGCCUUCCAGUCGCUGCACAUCGUCAUGCUGGGUCUGGACUCUGCGGGGAAAACCACGGUGCUCUACAGGCUCAAAUUCAACGAGUUCGUCAACACGGUGCCCACGAUCGGCUUCAACACGGAGAAGAUCAAGCUGAGCAACGGGACGGCGAAGGGCAUCAGCUGCCACUUCUGGGACGUGGGCGGCCAGGAGAAGCUGCGGCCUCUCUGGAAGUCCUACAGCCGCUGCACCGACGGCAUCAUCUACGUGGUGGACUCCGUGGACGUGGACCGGCUGGAGGAGGCCAAGACCGAGCUGCACAAAGUCACCAAGUUCGCGGAGAACCAGGGCACGCCGCUGCUGGUCAUCGCCAACAAGCAGGACCUGCCCAAGUCGCUGCCGGUGGCCGACAUCGAGAAGCAGCUGGCCCUGCAGGAGCUCACCCCGUCCACCAGCUACCACAUCCAGCCCGCCUGCGCCAUCAUCGGCGAGGGGCUGCACGAAGGCAUGGACAAGCUGUACGAGAUGAUCCUGAAGAGGAGGAAAUCCCUGAAGCAGAAGAAGAAGCGGUAACACCUCCUGACCUCCUGUGUUUGGAUUUAAAGCCCUGCUGACGGUGCCGGUGCGCACAGGAGCUGCCUCAGUGGAUAAAACACAACUUUUACCAAAAAAAAAAAAAAAAAAAAGAAAGAAAAACCCAGACUUGAAGUGACUCUGUGGAGCUCCAGCGUUGAGGAUCUAAACGGGCUGGCCCGUUCACCUGCUGCUUUAACCUGGACUCAGUUCUAGUUUGGACGUUUCCUUUCCAUCCACAGGUCGACUUUGUGGAGAUGAGUUUGAUUUUGCACGUGGCUCGGGACACCUUGUGUUCCCUGCUCUAGUUUUUUAUUUCAACAGACGUCCGUAGAAUGGUGGCGGAUGUCCUGCAGACUGUUUAUUGGAGCAUUGAAGUAGCCUUCCCUCUGCAUGGUGGUCUGAACCAGAGUCCACUACUUUGCACUUUUCAUUUGCUAACAAACAGUAGAGAACUACACUGUAUUAAUAGAGGAGCCGAUCCAGGUGGUUUAUGUACCAAGAAGCCAAAAUUGAAGUAUUUUUUGUAUAUUAAAAGAUUUUAAAUCGUGA